AUGAGAGCAUUCCAGACCAUUGAUCUCUCAAGUCUUCCCAUGGAUGGGCCAUCGCCAAACGAUCUACUUGAUAGGGCAAAGGAGAACCUUUCGAUUGGUGGCCUACAAAUUUCGAUGGCUACCAUGAAAAAUGCGACAUGGGGCUGCGAAAGGUUGCGUACAAACGAGGAAGGGGAACAGAUUCAUGGGUUGGUUUUGAAAAUUGGGUUUGGGUCGGAUGUCUAUGUGCAGAGUAAUUUGGUUAGUUUCUAUUCAAAAUGUGGCAAGAUCACGUCUGCAAGGAAGGUGUUCGAUGGGAUGGUUGAGAAGGAUCUUGUUUGUUGGAAUUCUUUAAUUGAUGGCUACGUGAAAUGUGGGGAGGUUGACAUGGCACGAGAGGUGUUUGAUGGAAUGCUGGAGAGGGAUUCAUUCUCAUGGACUGUUUGGGUUGAUGGGUAUUCGAAGCGUGGGGAGAUUGAGGUUGCACGUGGGUUUUUUGAUCGGAUGCUAGCACGAAUCCAAUGA